AUGCCCCAGUCAUGCAAGGAUAUAAGACAGGCGCUAGCAUUCUGUCUUCAAAAUUCCGAUUGUAUUAUGGUCGAACGACAUCAACCCGGCGAUUGCUUACGUCCUCCAUUGAAAUACACACUUCCGACACAGUGUCAGCAGCUUCAGAAAGGCUACGCCGAAUGCAAGAAAGGUCUAAUAGACAUGCGCAAGCGCUUCCGUGGCAACCGGCCGAUCGCUGUAUCCCGCGAACUCGAAGGUGGAAAACUCGGUGUGCCGCCCAGUGAUACGGAGUCCAAAGAAGGUACCAUAGAGGAAAAAGGCUAUAUGUUGUACGCCGGGCGACGGAACAAGGGUGUAGAAGCGAAAGGAGAAGAAGAUCCUGAGGAAAGG